UCUUUUACAGGGGCUGGAGUCUUUUUCCUCUCUUGCACGGAAGGCGAAAAAAUCAGCUUUCUCUUCGACUGUAUCGUUCACGGCAUCUGUCCGACCAAAGGCUUUCGGCGGGCGCUAGCAGACCCCAGUGUGAAUCCCGCCUGCACGGAAGAAAGGGUGGCCUACGAGGCUUCGAAGUUGGAGAAGCGCCUCAGCUUGCUCUCCCACAGCGGCUGCCACGGCAGCGGAGGGGAUGACCGGAGCUUGUCCAGCGCAUCCUCGGACACCAGCCACUCCGAUGCCAGCAUUGGGAGCAGAUUGACUCUCUGGCCCGAGCAGUCAUCCGCCGGCACUUCCCAGGAGUCUCGUGGACCGGUGGCGGCAGCGGUGGCGGCAGCAGCAGCUGCGGAGAGGCUGCAGUCAGACGGAGCCCAGGGGGCCAGCAAGCCGCCCCCCAGUCUCCUGCGCUCCAGGCAGCUGCAAGAGAUUGGCCGCCAGAGCUCCUCCGACAGCGGGAUAGCGACCGGCAGCCACUCCUCUUAUUCGGGAAGCUUCUCGUCCUACACGGGGAGCCUGGACAUUUCUCAUGGAGAUGAGUUUGGGUCCCUACUGAGCCUCUCGCUCAGCUUCCCUUCCGACCGGAAUGUUUGCAGUUGCAGGAGUCCCGGCUCGGAGUACCAGGCCCCCAGUUGGCUCCGGCACAACUACGAUACGCCCCGAAGUUUGCCCGCGGCGUCUACAACGGGCAUCUUCGCUGCUGGUCCAGACGCCGGACUGUCCAAGGCCCAGAGCUCCAAAGGGGAUGGGAAACGGCCGGCCCCCCAUCUGGAGAGAGAAGCCGCUAACAGGCCAAGCCAGGAUAAGGACUCGCAGGGCGUCUCCCCAUCGGGAAGCAUCAAAGGCUCCAUCCCGGAGACACAGUUCAGGCCACCGGUUCAGGGACAGGACUGGAGAGGGCCCGAGAUUGCUCCGUGCGUCUCCGGCGGUUCUUGCGAACUGUGCAGCUCUCCUUCCGAGAUGAAAACAGCUCUCUUCCCAUCUUGCCCAGUCUGUGGUGGCAUACAGGAGACAUCAAUUUUACCAUCUCAAAUGUUCGCACCCAAUCUAGAGCCGUCACUUUCGGAGCAACUGCAUGGCGAAAUGGCAACUUACGUGAACAUCCCCACGAGCCCGACAGCAAAGAAGCAACUCCAUUACAUGGAGGUGGAGCUUCCGGAGCCCAGCGGGAGCGUUCGAGGUGGUGACGCCACAAAAUAUGCCCAGAUUGACAUCACCGCCACGGAGACGGCCCAUAAGGUGGGCACCCAGCACGCCUACUUUCGAGAGGAGCGUCUGCAGGAGCUCGAGCAGCAGCAGAAGAAAGACGGCGUCCCGCCCGGUUCUUUGUAAAGGGGCAGAAAUUCGCCAACCGCCCACCUGCCCACACCCUCCUAAAUGCCAUCCCUGCGCUCAGGUCUGGUCCAGAUUCAUUCCAAUGGACUCACUUUCCAGCGGGAAAACCGGCAGCACAGGUGACAUGUGUGCCAGAAGUGGGUUGCUCCCGGUUCGCCCGAACCGGUAGCGGUAAUCUGGCCUGAGUCGCACAACCAGCAGUGACUCAGGCUGGCUACGCCCCAGAACCGGUUCCCCGGUCUCCGUUGCAGUUGCUGGCAUCUUAUUCAUUAGUCUUUGUGCAUGCGCACAACCGUUAACAGCGAACGGCGCAUGGGCAAGCAAUACAUGCAGCGAACCGGUACCAAAGCUACUCGUUGCAAACAUGGCACAAUGUCUGUGGAGAUUUUCCGUCAUCCAAGUCGUGGUUUGUCCCAAAGGGGCUUUUU